AUGUGGGAGCCUCGACCCCUCCUGCUGAUGCUCUCCGGGGUCCUGGCCCUGACCCAGACAAGGGCGGGCUCCCACUCCCUGCGGUAUUUCCAAACCGCCUUGUCCCGGCCCGGCGGCGGGGAGCCCCGCUACAUCGUCGUCGGCUACGUGGACGACACGCAGUUCGUGCGCUUGGACAGCGACUGGGUGAGUCCGAGGAUGGAGUCGCGGGCGCCGUGGGUGGACCACGAGGGACCCGAGUACUGGGAGCGGGAGACACAGAGAGCCAAGGACAAGGCACAGAAUUACCGAGAGGGCCUGAGCAACCUGCGCGGCUACUACGACCAGAGUGAGGCGGACUCUCACACCCUCCAGAGGAUGUCCGGCUGCGAUGUGGGGUCCGACGGGCGCCUCCUGCGCGGGUACAGUCAAGACGCCUACAAUGGCGCCGACUACCUGGCCCUGAACGAGGACCUGCGCUCCUGGACAGCAGUGGCCCGCACACAGGCUUGGCGAACCCAGCGCAAGUGGGAGCAGGCGGGUCAGGCUGAGCACGAGAGGAACUGCCUGGAGAACAUCUGCGUGCAGUGGCUCCUCAGAUACCUGGACCACGGGAAGGACACGCUGCUGUGCGCAGAAGCCCCCAGAAGACACAUAACCCACCACCCCUUCUCUGACCGGGAGGUCACCCUGAGGUGCUGGGCCCUGGGCUUCUACCCUGCCGAGAUCACCCUGACCUGGCAGCGUGAUGGGGAGGACCUGACCCAGGACACAGAGCUGGUGGAGACCAGGCCUUCCGGGGAUGGAACCUUCCAGAAGUGGGCAGCUGUGGUGGUGCCUUCUGGAGAGGAGCAGAGAUACACGUGCCAUGUGCAGCACCAGGGGCUGCCGGAGCCUGUCAACCUGAGAUGGGAGCCCCCUUCUCAGUCCAACAUCCUCACUGUGGGCAUCAUUGUUGACCUGGUUCUCCUCGGGGUUGUGGUCACUGGAGCUGUAGUGGCAGCUAUGUUCUGCAGGAAGAAAUGCACAGGUAAUUUCCUUCCCACAGGUGAGAAAGGAGGAAAGUACACUCAGGCUGCAAACAGCGACAGUUCCCAGGGCUCUGAUGAGUCUCUCACGAAUCCUAGAGUGUGAGACAGCUGCCCCGCUGGUUUCCUCACAUCCCAGUGUUGUGACUCAAGAAAUGCUGAUUCUCCUUCUGCCCUGGGAUCUGAGCAUGUCUGU